GCACUCUUGACAGUUCAACCAACUCUCACUUAGAAAAUAAAACUUAAGCAACACUAUGCAACAGGGUAUGGAGUCUAGUACAGAGAGCAUAGGCAUGGAUGGUCUUAGCAUCGACUCUCCCUCAUCGACCUCGUCGAUGACUCCAGAAGUAAAACUAAGCACUAGUUCAGGGUCAGAAGCCAUCACAUGGCCCUCCUCCAGGCUUGGUUCGUACUCGAGCAAGCCUCAUGCACCUUCCAAAGAUGCACGCUGGGACGCUGUAGGGCGAUUUGAAGCUGAAUUUGGCCAGCUUGGCCUUAAUGAUUUGCGGUUCAUUCGAAGGGUGGGGAGUGGUGACAUUGGAAGUGUGUACCUUGUGGAGAUUAAGGGUGCUGAGGGAUGCGUUUUCGCGGCUAAAGUGAUGGACAAAGAGGAGUUGGCUAGUAGGUGUAAAGAAAGUAGAGCAAAUAUUGAGAGGGAAAUACUGGAAAUGUUGGACCAUCCGUUUUUGCCAGCACUUUAUGCUACACUUGAUUCGGAUAGAUGGUCAUGUUUGUUAACUGAGUUUUGUCCUGGUGGCGACCUUCAUAUUCUCCGGCAACAACAGCCAGAUCGCAGGUUUAAUGAAGCUGCAGUCAGGUUUUACGCAUCAGAAGUGGUUGUAGCCUUCGAAUACCUCCACAUGAUGGGAAUCAUCUACCGCGAUCUAAAACCCGAAAACGUCUUAAUCCGAUCCGACGGACACAUCAUGCUAACAGAUUUUGACCUCUGCCUCAAAUGCGACAACUCAACCCCAAUUGCACUCGUCAAGGACCAAGCAACUCUAACCAAAAACUCCCUACCCCUCUGCACAGUCAAACAAACUCCACUCUCCCGUAUCCUCCCCAACUGCAAACUCCCCAACAUCUAUUGCCUACGUCCACGUAGAACCCGUCGCCUUCGCCCUAGCCACCACGGCCUAAUCGACAUCGUAGCCGAGCCUAUCGACACGCGGUCCAUGUCAUUUGUAGGUACACACGAGUACCUCUCACCCGAAAUCGUCUCGGGGGAAGGCCACGGAAAUGCAGUGGACUGGUGGACACUAGGAAUUUUCAUGUACGAGAUGUUUUACGGUGUGACACCUUUUAGAGGAGUUGACAAUGAGUUCACUCUAGGCAACAUUGUGGCUCGAGCCGUGGAGUUUCCGAAGGAGCCUGCAAUGCCUAGCUCCAUGAAGGAUUUGAUCAGCCAACUGUUGACUAAAGACCCGAUGGAGAGAAUGGGGUCCACCACCGGGGCUGCGGCCCUCAAGCACCACCCUUUUUUCCAGGGUGUGAACUGGGCGUUACUGAGGUGUACGACGCCGCCGUCGGUACCGAAGGCGGUGGUGCAGCAGGAUGUGGAGGGUAAGAAAGAAGAGAGGGUGAAGAAUAAUGUGGAGUAUUAUUAGGUGCUUUUGAGUUUCAUGCAGGUCUGAGUUUGUUUGGUUGUGCUUGUGUUUGUUGAAGUUUGAGUUUGAAGCGCCAUGAGGCCAAUUGUUAUUUUUGAAAGUUGAGGGUGAAUUACUGAAUUGUAUCAAUCACUUUUACCUUGUGUACGCUCCUAUAUUCAAUAUCAGAUUGGUUUUCUCUUC